CGAAAGUGAUAGGCAUGACCCGAUGACUGACCCAUUGCUUGUUUACUGAAGACAGAGGCAGGCAUGGAGGCCUUAAAUCGGCAGGUCCUGGAGGGGCGCCUGAAUAACCUCCCUCCAGAGGAAAAAACAGACGUGGUAGUGUUUGUUAGCUCAACUUUUACAGAUAUGUCCAUAGAAAGAAACUAUAUAAUGAACCAAGUGACCUCUGAACUCAAUCAGUAUUGUUUGAAGAGAAAACUGGCCUUUCGGUUUCUGGACAUGAGGUGGGGGGUCAGGGACGAGGCGUCGGUUGACCACACUACGGAGGAGAUUGUUCUGGACGCUGUCCGCACGGCGAGAGAGGACUCCAAAGGACCCUUCUUCCUGGUCAGUAGAUUAAAUAACACUCACAAAACUAAAGCAACAAUAUAA